ACAAACUGUAUUUUCCACACAGUAUUUUUCAUAUACUGUGUGCAUGGAGCUGCAAACUUAGUCACAGUCUCGCCCUACGCUCUAAGGUACAGCUCCCGCGUCCCUCUAUUUAUUCAGGAGUUCCCCAGUCAACAUCACUGAGGCCGCCUCUAAAAGGAGUGGUCACAUACGACAUGCUAAGCAGGUCCAGUACGCACAGUAAGUGAUGGAAUGUGCUGGGGAUUUGUGAUUGCCUUGCUUCGUCUACGUGCUGUCAUCUUGUCUUAGUUGAGGUCUUUGAAGUCCUUGGCUGUUAGCGGGCUAAAACAAAGAUAAAAUCUGCGACUGAGGCCAUCCCUCAGAAAAUAAGAUUUGUCCUUGCACAGAUAGAAAACAUGCAGCUUGAGCACAAUAGCUAAUAACUAUAGCAACGGGCUUUAAGCAUACUAAAGUUGUGAGAUUAUAAAUACAUAAUUAUUCUAACACGUUUGCCUGUCUUUCAUUUUCAUUUUCACCUGUGUUUUACAUCAAGACAGUAGCUGACAUUUUGUUCAUUAUUUCUCUUCUUUAUAUAUUGACAUUGAAUAGUUAAAACAUUUUGAAACAUAAACAACGAGAUAUGUUAUUUCAUGCAACCCCUUGUCCCCUGGACCUGGCUGGGGCCCCGGCUUAUUUUCCGACGUUUUCAUGAAGUUCAAAUGACACGCCUGGUGAUGGAAGUGGAUAUCUGACCCCACAGUGGCUCCUCCCCCCCCCAGCAGCUAUAAGAACACCUGAGUGACGUCACGCACGACUCCUUUCCUGCGCCAUGAGCCUGAGUCGCAGCAAGAGGAUCAGCUCCAGCACCUGCGUCCGCAGGCUGAGCGGCUUCGGGACGCCGCCGCCGGUCGGCUUUGGUGGGGUCUCCCUCAGCAGCAGCUCGCUGUAUGCGGGCGCCAACGGCCACCUGCACGGCCCCGGGACCCCGCUGGCCUCGCUGUCGGUCAACAAGAGCCUGCUGGCCCCCCUCAACCUGGAGAUCGACCCCGGCCUGUCCAUGAGCCGGGCCCAUGAGAAGGAGCAGAUCAAGACGCUCAACAAUCGCUUUGCAUCCUUCAUCGACAAGGUCCGCUUCCUGGAGCAGCAGAAUAAAAUGCUGGAGACCAAGCUGGAGCUGCUGCAUGGUCAGGGGGCGGGCCGCUCCAACGUGGAGCCCCUGUUCGAUGCCUACAUGGCCGGCCUGAGGCGCCAGAUGGACCUGGUCAACAACGACAAGUCCAAGCUGGACGGAGAGCUGAGGAACAUGCAGGGUCUGGUGGAGGACUACAAGCACAAAUACGAGGAUGAGAUCAACAGGAGAAACAACCUGGAGAAUGACUUUGUCCUCCUGAAGAAGGAUGUGGACUCUGCCUACCUGGUGAAGGCUGACCUGGAAGACAAAGUGGGCGCUCUGACUGAUGAGAUCAACUUCCUGCGUAACAUCUACGAGGAGGAGCUGCGUGAGCUGCAGGCCAGCAUCCGAGACACCUCGGUGGUGGUGCAGAUGGACAACAGCCGCAGCCUCAACAUGGAGCAGAUCGUGGCCGAGGUCAAAGCUCAGUACGAGGACAUCGCCACCCGCAGUCGAGAGGAGGCUGAGGCCUGGUACAAGAACAAGUUUGCCCAGAUGUCGGUGCAGGCCACCCAGUACGGAGACGAGCUGCGUGCGGUGAAGGGCGAAGUGGGCGAGGUCAACCGACUCAUCGCCCGCCUGCAGAGCGAGAUGGAGGCGCUCAAAGCUCAGCGCGCCAGCCUGGAGAGCCAGCUGAGCGAGGCGGAGGAGCGCGGCGAGAUGGCGGUGAAGGAGGCCAAAGUCCGCACCCGAGACCUGGAGGACGCCCUGCAGCGGGCCAAGCAGGACAUGGCCCGGCAGCUGAGGGAGUACCAGGACCUGAUGAACCUCAAACUGGCUCUGGACAUCGAGAUCGCCACCUACAGGAAGCUGCUGGAAGGCGAGGAGGGCAGACUGGGCCAGCAGUCCGUGGUCAACAUCCAGCCCGUCUCCAGCUCCAGCAGCAGAAGUUCCAACAGCUUCCACCAGGGCAGCUCUCCCACUCCCAGACUGCUCAUCAAGACCACCGAGACCCGGGACCAGAGCCGAUACAACACACACUAAUCUUGUGUGUGUGUGUGUGUGUGUGUGCGUGUGUC